UAUGGUUACAAUAAAGAUCGUCAUUCUAACGAUUUAGCUUCGAGAAAUCUCGGUAUUCAACUUACCGCAAAGUGUCACAUAAAAUACCUGGGUAUGUUACAUCCCGCUUCUUGGUACCUGGGAGGGUAUAUU